AUGUCAGCUAUCGCAACUAAAAUCGUAGAAAAAUACAAUCUCAGCCCCGCGAUGAGUGUGUCCGAUCUCAGUAAAUAUACCUCAGAAUUUCUUGAAAACCUUACUGAUGAUAGAAAGCGGAAUCAGGCACGCAGACGCCUUGGGGAUGGUUUUAACUUUAGCAGUGAACAG